AUGCGCGGUAGUAGCGUGCAGUCCCCUCACACGGCGGGGAAGAACGCUCAUGAUGCCGUACUUAAAGCCGCGUCGCUGACUUCCAGUGUGAUACUACCUCCUAAUGCGCCACGACUGCCGGUUUUUGCGGACGUGGAUGUGUCACAGUACGUGCUGCGGCACAGGGGCCGGCGGGUCGAAGCGGAAAACGCGGCGCGUCAGUCGGACCUGCAAUCUCUGUGCCCGGGGAUCCGCCGAUACCAGUUGCCGGGAAACGGGGGAGGCCAGCAGCCGGGGAACGGGGGAGGCCAUCGCGCGCCCACCAAUGCAUCUCCUACAAUCUGCGCCGUCGCGGUAGUUGCUGCGCUGACCCCGCCGCCUGUCAACGUUCUGCGCGCAGGCUCCACCCCUGGCCGCUCUAGUCAUUCCGCUGCUGCUGCUAGUAGUACGGGGGGGAAUAGUAGUCGUCUAAGCCCUGCUGGUUCCGCCCUCGCGGAAAGAGCGCAGAGCGAAGGGAAGAUCACAAUAACCCGUGAUAAUGCAAGCUGCAGUAGCAGGCAUGAGAGCAGCGGCGCAGUCGGCCUUCUCCGUCAGGUGGAUGACGAGGAACGAAGCGCACUGACUACGCGUUCCGGCAUUAUUCCGUCUCUCCGGCCGCGAGAGGACUCCGCCGCAGCCGUUACUCACUGCCGGCCAGUCAACCCUGCCGGCCGGCCGGCGUCAAUAACCACGUGCGCCUCGCGCCAACCACGGUCGGGCACAUGCAGAACAGUGACUUGCGCAGGGGGGAGGGCGGUGGGGCUGGUGAGAGCGGCGAAGGCGGAGAUGGGGGAGGAGGGGGAGGGAAAACAGGAUGAUGGGGAAGAAGGGGAGGCUGGGGAAGAGGAUGAUGACGUGGUUCUCGCGUUGCCGGUCGACGGGUUUCGCGGAGGGGUGAUCGGAGCAGCACUGGGGGAAUGGGACUCUAUGGAUGGGAGAACACUAUUGGCGAGAGAGGCGGUGAAUGGCUGGAGGGGAAGGGCAAGGGAACCAGGAGGACGAGCGUGCGACGCUGGCGACGAGGAUGAGGAGGAUGGCGACGUCGUCACGUGCAAGCCUGUCGAAGUUAGGGUAACUUGCUUCGCAACCCCCGUAAUUCGCAGGAGGGUUUCGAGAAGUGCGGGUGGGAAAUUGUCAACGAGAGGCGCGGCGGGUGGGCGGAAGGCAGCUGCGCGGGUGGCGGGGGGAGCAGCGCUGGGGCGAAUGGUGCGGAGGAGCACGGCAGAGGGAGCAACACUUCCUGCGGGCAGAGAAGGUUCAGAGACGGGGGGAAGCAACGUCGGUAGAGUGCCGCCCGGCCUGUUGCCGCCCGUGCUGGUGCACAAGGGAAUGGUGCUGUGCGAUGGGGCGGAGGCGAGGUGUGAGACAGGACGGGAGGGGCAGGAGGAGCGCAGGGAAGUUGAGGCACAGGACAGGAAGGGUUUAAGGAGACAGGCGGACGAAGCGUCAGCACAGUCGGAGCGCUCUGAGCAGGCAGCGCGGGCAGAAAGGGCAGAGCGGGCAGAAAGAGAAGAGCUGGAAGAAAGGGCAGAGCGGGCAGAGGAGAGGGUGCGAGGGAGGGAGGAAAUGGCAGCGGAGGAGCAAGAGAGCAGAGAGGCAGCAGAUGUGGCGCGGGGAGAAGAUGAAAUGCAAGUGGGUGCUGUGAGUGUGCCAAGCCGUGCCGUGAGUGGUAUAGAGGAGGGGAGGAUUCGAGAGCAGCUGCGGCUGAUUGCAGAGGCCGUGGAAAGACGGGCUGGACAGGAGGAGGUGCGGAGUAGAGAGGAGGGGCGGAAUAGAGGGGAGGGGUGGGUUAGAGAGGAGGUGCGGCAUAGAGAGGAAAUGCGGAUUAGAGAGGAGGGGCGGAUUAGAGAGGAGGAGCGGAUUAGAGACCAGUUGCAGUUGACUCAAGGGGUGGAGGAGGAAGGGGAGAAUAGACAGCAGGCCGGACCGCACAGUGUGCAGCCAGACUGUGCUUAUCUCGCCAAGCCGAGUGCUUAUCUCGGCACCAUGGAUGCGCUGAGCUGGCAGGAUCUCUACGUGGACUGUGACGUGGCAGACCUGUGGCAGGAGGCUCUUGGCAGCAGUCAGAGAGCCAAUGGGCUUGGCCAUGCUUCUACUGCUGCUGCUGCUGCUGCUGCUCCUGCUGGUGCUGUGGGUACUGCAGGAGCUACUUUUAUUUCUGCUGCCCCAUUUUCUUCUCCUCCUGCUCCUGCUCCUUGUGGUGCUGCCAAGACAGCGCCCAUUCACCCACACCCCACCCUGCAUAACACACAGCGCCACGGCCUUCCCCCCAGGCCCUCACGACCGCUGGGAGCAGCACAGCCAGCGGGAGCAAUGGGGCAGAUCCAUCCAUUAAGGCGAAUAAAUAAUCCUGUCAGGCCAACCAAUAAAAUAAGGCCAGCAAGGCAAAGGAAGACAGUGAGGCCAAUAAGCCCAGGGGAAGCAAUGGGGGCAGCGCCACCAGUGCGGGUAUGGAGAUCAGGCAAGGCCAAGGGGGCGCCUGAAGGCAUCCGGCCUGCUCCCGGAUCUGCAGCCCGGCGAGCAUUCACUGUGGCUGCUGUCACUGGUGGUGCUGCUGCUACCAGCCAUGCUGCUGCUGACACGGGUGGCCAUACAGCUAGUGGUGGCGAUGCCACGAGGGGAAGCAGCGAGAGCAGCACCACCGCUCCUGGGUCUGCUGUGAGGCAGGCACUCACUGUGCCUGCUGUCACUGGCUCUCCUGCUGACAGCACCGACCAUGCCACCAGGGGAAGCAUGGUCAUUUGGCUAGUGGUGAUGGUGGUGGUGAUGCCAGUAGUGGCCAUAGCAUCGCCAUGCAUGGCCGAUCUGCUAACAGUCUGA